AUGUCCAUGUCCUUCGUUUUCAAGGUGUCCCAACAGAUUGCUCGCUUCUCUUACUACAUCUGCUUGCACCCUUUCGUCAUUCUACUGCUUCCUCUGCUAGGCAAGCUUUGUUCUGCUUGUCUUUUUCCUAUCCUCCAGCUCUAUGUACGCCUUGUCCUGUGGGCAUCACCGCACCUCUACCCCUUCGUCACAUUGCUGCUUCCUUUGAUAGCCAAGCUUUGUUCAGCCUGUCUUGUUCCUAUCCUCCAGCUCUAUGCACGUCUUGUCAUGUGGGCGUCACCGCACCUCUACCCGUUCGUCACAUUGUUGCUUCCUCUGGUAGCCAGGCUUUGUUCUGCCUGUCUUUUUCCUGUCCUCCAGCUCUAUGCACGCCUUGUCCUGUGGGCAUCACCGCACAUCUACCCCUUCGUCACAUUGCUGCUUCCUCCGGUAGCCAAGCUUUGUUCUGCCUGUCUUUUUCCUGUCCUCCAGCUCUAUGCACGCCUUGUCCUGUGGGCAUCACCGCACAUCUACCCCUUCGUCACAUUGCUGUUUCCUCCGGUAGCCAAGCUUUGUUCUGCCUGUCUUUUUCCUGUCCUCCAGCUCUAUGCGCGCCUUGUCCUGUGGGCGUCGCCGCGCCUCUGCUUGCACCUCUACCCCUUCGUCAUAUCCUUACUUCCUCCGGCAGCCAAGCUUUGUUCUGCCUGUCUUUUUCCCAUCUUCCAGCUCUGUACACGCCUUGUCCUGUGGACAUCACCGUAUCUCUACUCGCACCUCUACCCCUUCGUCAUAUCACAGCUUCCUCCGGUAGCCAAGCUCUGUUCUACCUACCUUCUUCCUAUCGUCCCGCUCUGUACACACCUCGUCCUGCGGACGUCACCGCACCUGUUUCGUUCAGCUCAUCUGCUGCUCUACUCCUUCCUUAUGCGAUCGCUCUUUCAUCCGCGAUUCACCACACUCCUUCCCUACCCUGCGCGAAUUACACUGCGAUUUUUCUACCCUCUCCAAUGUUCAAUGAAGACCACUCAGUCACCUGCAGCGCUCGUCUUUCUCUUUCGCUUCUUCCGGCGCGCAUACCAAACUACACGUGGUAGGCCUCCUCUAGUCAUGGAGGACAUCGUCGUUCGGGCGCGCAUAUCUAGACUAUUGGUGGUACGCCUCCUCCAGUCAUGGGGGACAUCGUCCUUCUUACGCGCUUACCGAAACUACUCGUGGAAGGCCUCUUCCAGUCACGGAGGACGUCGCAGGAGUGUGUGA